AUGAUGAUGAUGUCGAUGAAUGGGAAGCAGGCGUUCGGCAUGCCGCCGCCGCCGCCACCGCCGCCGCACUCGUCCAACCUGCCCGAGCCCAAGUACUCGAGCCUCCACACGUCCUCUGCUUCCAACUCAUCGUCCACUCCACCCAGCAGCAGCAGCAGCAGCAGCAGCUCAGAGGCGAUGUGCCGAGCCUGUCUCCCAACCCCACCGAGCAAUAUAUUCGGCGGGCUGGAUGAAAGUUUGGUGGCCCGCGCCGAAGCUCUGGCGGCUGUGGACAUUGUACCGCAGAGCACCAAGAGCCACCCGUUCAAGCCGGACGCCACCUACCACACCAUGAACAGCAUCCCGUGCACCUCCAGCUCGUCUUCGGGCCCCAUCUCUCACCCUUCCUCGCUGGGCUCGCACCAGCACCAUCACCACCACCACCACCACCAUCACCAGCAGCACCACCAGCAGCAGCAGCAGCACCAGCAGCAGCAGCAGCCGCCGCCUCACCCGAGCCUGGAGGGCGAGCUACUCGAGCACCUGUCCCCGGGCCUGGGGCUGGCCGCCAUGGCGGCGCCCGACGGCAGUGUGGUGUCCCCGCCGGCGGCGCCGCCUCACCUGGGCGGCCUGGCCCACAUGCACCAGGCCAUGAGCAUGGCGGGCCACGGCCUAGCCGCCUCGCACGGCGCCCUGGGCUGCAUGGGCGAGGUGGACGCCGACCCCCGCGACCUGGAAGCGUUCGCCGAGCGCUUCAAGCAGCGGCGGAUCAAACUCGGCGUGACCCAGGCGGACGUGGGCGCGGCGCUCGCCAACCUGAAGAUCCCGGGCGUGGGCUCGCUCAGCCAGAGCACCAUCUGCCGCUUCGAGUCGCUGACGCUGUCGCACAACAACAUGAUCGCGCUCAAGCCCAUCCUGCAGGCGUGGCUGGAGGAGGCCGAGAAGUCUCACCGCGACAAGCUCAGCAAGCCCGAGCUCUUCAACGGCGCCGACAAGAAGAGGAAGCGCACGUCGAUCGCCGCGCCCGAGAAGCGCUCCCUCGAAGCCUACUUCGCCAUCCAGCCGAGGCCGUCGUCCGAGAAAAUUGCCGCCAUCGCCGAGAAGCUCGACCUGAAGAAGAACGUGGUCCGGGUCUGGUUUUGCAACCAGAGACAGAAACAGAAACGCAUGAAAUACUCUGCGGGCCACUAG